CUCGAAAUGGAUCGAGGCGUACCCUUGUCGCACACGGCCAGCCAUGGAAAUCGCACGAUACGUCAACCGUUUCCUCGGGAUGCACCAGGAUACGGAAGAGAUCCUGACCGACAAUGGGGCUGAAUUCAGGGGAGAAGUGCUAAGAAAUCUGGUCCUACAUGGCGUUGCCAUACGGAAUACUGCAUCCCACAUGUCGCAAUCCAAUGGACUGGUGGAAAACGCCAACUGGGUGAUAAAGACGGCAUUGCAACGAAAUAUCGCGGCACGGGAUCCGAGGCCCUGUCCCGAUAUCGUCGACCACAUCCUGGCGGUCCAUCGCGGAACGUCCCACGAAUCGACGGGGUUGAGCCCCUUUCAGUUGAGGACCAAUAGCGUCUGGCGUACCAGCGUGGAGGGAGAGAUCCUUGCGUUUUUGUUUGGAACAGUGCGGCCCGGUUAUUGGGAACUUAUCGCGCAAGAGCUCACGAUCCUUGUAGCGCAGCUGGCGGAUGAUCUCCCUCUCGACAUCAUCGCGCAAGACGACGAGCAUCUGGUUCUCCUCGUGCUCUAUCGCACAUUGACACCUUACCUUCAGUGGUCGGCUUGCGUAGAGGGAGCCGCAAAACACAUCCCGCCGUCGCAGCAACAAUAUUUGGAUCCCCGGACGGCUCUCGAUCCUGCCUUCUUCAGGUACCCUACAUCGGAGCAGUUUGCUGCCAUCCGAGAAGAAGAGGAGGAAGAAGACAGCACCGGGAGUGAUGAAGGAGAGGGCGUGCGAGACCAAGGCGGGGAUAGUGAUGAAGUGCUCGGUGAAGAGGACGAAACCCCCGAGGAAGGAAGCUAUAGCGAGCAUAGCGAGGGGGAACAAAGCGAAGAAGAAGAAGACGAGGAAGGAGAAGAGGAGCACGAAGAGGAACACGAAGAGGGGCCUGCUGGAUCGGAGUGGGAAGCUGUGCCGGAAGAAGCACUGCGUACGGGCACGGAGGCCGAAGAUCCCGAGGCGGCCCGCAAAAGAGAAGAGAUCGCGGCCGGGAAGAAGGAGUUAGAACUCGCAAGCGCGGCGAGUCUGCACAUCCACGACGACCCAAACCGAGAUCCGGAGCCGCCCCGACCUGAAGAUGGCGACCUCGCGGCCACGACUCCGACCCCAUCAGUGCGGCGACGGAGGUUUGGAGCUGGGCGUGUUCUGGGAUGACCGGUUGAUUGAUUGGUCGGCUGGAUGGCUAGCGCACCUCCGCGCGCGCAUUAAUAAAUGUUAACUUCAUUU